AUGUUCAACGUUACACUAGAGAAUGGAACGGAGCUGGAUAAGAAGAACACGGUGUACGCUCUGGUGUUUGGAUCUGUUUUGGCGCUGGGUCUGCCUCUCAAUGCUGUCUCACUGUGGAUUCUGUUACGCUGCCACAGCCUCAAAACCCCCAGCGCUGUCUUCAUGGUCAACCUGGCCAUCUCUGACCUGCUGCUGGUCAUCUCCUUGCCCAUGAGGGUCUACUUUUACGCCACGGGCACCUGGCCUCUGGGCGAUCUGGCGUGCAUCUGUAUCACAAUGUUCUUUCGCAACAACAUCCGCUCCAGCUCCAUCUUCAUCACCUUCAUCAGCGUGGACCGGCUGCUGGCUGUGGUUUAUCCUCUGAGGUCACGCCAUCUUCGGACCGCUUGCAACGCUCUGAAAGCUGCCGGGCUCGCUUGGCUGUUUGUGUUCGUGGUCAACGUGCCAGAAAGUGUGGGAUUCGCAAGAUUUUUAAAAGGCAUCAAUGAAUCCAUCUGUUUUGAAUUUGGUCCCAGGCCGCUCCCUACAUCACCGCUAGUUUAUCUCCAGCCGGUGUUGGUGUUCAGCCUGUUGGCGGUCAACAUCGUGUCCACCGCUCUCGUCUCUUGGACUCUACGAAGACGUCUGAAUGAUUCAACGAGGGUCAGAAACAAGGUGAACAUCAUGCUGCUUUUCGCCAUGAACUUGAUGAUGUUCACUGUAUUUUUCCUGCCGGUGUCAUUGUUUGUUUUAUUUAAAAGCUGGAGACCUGCUCUCACAUCACUGAUAUGUCUGGCUAGUGUCAACUGCUGCCUGGAUCCUCUGUUGUAUUACUUUUCUUUUGAUGGUUUCUGGAAGGGAAAAGAGGAUGUGGAUAGUUCUGCUGCCAGAGAAUAG